AUGCCGUUCACAAAACAAAACAAGACACAUCAUCUCGAAGAUAUCUCCAAACAGCGAGCCAGCAAAGCUUGCAACCGUUGUCGGGCUAAGAAAUCAAGGUGCUCUGGAGGAUACCCGUGUUCGAAAUGCAAGUAUUCAGAUGCUCCAUGCAUCUUUGGUUAUCCCAAGAAGUCGAAACGCACGACAUUCCCUGAACACUAUGUGCGGACAUUAGAAAUGCAACAAUUCAAGCUUGUGGCCGGCUUGCAGAGAAUGUAUUUUAUGCUUCUGGCCACAGACUCAUGGCCGGGUCCAAAACUCCUAGAGCGCAAAGGCAACCCACUUGUUCAUGACAUCCUGGAUCGUCUUGGUUUGCUUGAGAUCAAAAGCAAGGAACAUUUCAUGAUGGAUGAUUUAGAAGACGAGGGCGAGUCCGACACAUCUCAGAAUUAUACUAGCCCAGCACCGACUACCGGAAGCCCGGAACGAUCGCAACAUGACAUUCAGAUAUCAGCUGAGCCUCGAUCUGGGAACUUGUCUAUCUUACCACAGCGCAGUACAUCACAUCAGCGACUGUGGUCGGACGAUAGUGCCAGUGGACUCAAUGCGCAAUCCUGGCAGUGUCCGCCUCAUCCCUUCUCUUCCCUUACGCUGCCAACAGAUUUCGCGCUAAAACCACCUUCAAAGAUGGCC